UUAAACAGAUAUAAGGCUAAUUAGAGAGAGAUAAAUAUACCCCUAGGGCCUAUAGGUACAUGUUUAAAUUCUUGAAGGGAUAAUGCAUAUGACAAAAUCUCACUUGCAAAAUUUGUUCACUAUAUAUAUGAAUGUUGAAAGAAAACAUUUUAUCAGAUUUAAAAAUGAGCUCCAAGAGUGUACUGGAACAUUUUACUGUUCCUGAUGACUUCCAAAAUGGAAAUACUUUCAAAGGAAAAUGUAUGCAUUGUGGCACCCUCAUUAGUGGAAGUUAUAAAGUUACAUCCAACUUUGUUACACAUAUGAAGAGAAAACACAGAGAUUUGUACAUUCUGCAUUCUGAGAAUAAAGAAAUUCAACCAACAUUGACACAAUGCAUAAAAAAAAGUGUAAAAUAUUCACCGUCUGAUCCAAAACAGUUAGAAAUGACAAAUGCUCUUAUAAUGUUCAUAGCUGGGGAUCUUUUACCACUCUCUAUUGUCGAAAGUGAAGAAUUUAAAAACUUGAUGGAAAAAGCUGACACUAAGUAUCAAGUGCCUAGCAGAAAGCAUUUAUCUUCGAAACUUCUACAUGAAAAAUCGGUUGAAAUAAAAAAUAACCUUGUAAAUACUCUUAAAAGAGCUGAAAGUGUGUGUUUAACCAUUGAUCUCUGGUCUAGUAGACAAAUGAGAGGAUUUUUGCUAUUCCAGCCACAUCUGCACCAGUUGAACGCUUAUUUAGCACUGCUGGAAAAACAAUUAGGCCGGAAAGGUGCAGACUGGCUGAUGGAACAUUUGAAAAGCUGA